AUGCUGCUCUCAUUCAUUUUCUACAAUUUAUCUCCCUCAACACUCUAUCAGGCUCUCUCUUUCUUUGGUGUGUUCCUGUUGCCCUCUCUUUCUCUUGUGUGUUCAUGUCACCUUCUCUUUCACUGGUGCCUUCUCUAUCACCCUCUCUUUCUCUGGUAUGUUUCUAUGUACAUAUCUCUAGGUAAUUUUUGUCUUUCCUGUUUUUUUUCUCCCAUACUUUCUUGGUUCCCAUUCAUUUCUCUUUCUUUUCUGUUCUUUUUUAAUUUUUUUUUGUUUUUACUUCUAUUUCUCUAUCUAUUUUUCUUUUUUUUUUUUCUUUUACUUGUCUUUCUUCUAGAUUGUCUUCUUGUACUUGUUUCGUUCCUUUUCUCAUUCUUUUUUUCAACAUAUUUUAUUUCUUUUCUUUACACUUUUCUCCUUUUAUUUCAACGUUUUUUCUUUCAGUUUUUCUUUCUAUAUUUACUUUGCAUAUUUUCUUCAUCAUUUCUUUUCUCUUUUUAUAUCUUUUCCUUGUUUUUCUCUAAUUUUUUCUCUUUCCAUAUUUUCACUUUUUUUUUUAUUCCUUUUUUUAUCUUGAUAAUUCUUUUGACUACUUCCUCUUUGCUUUUUUGUGCCAUCCUGCUUUCUUCUCACCGCCUUUUUUUCUUUUUUAUUUUAACUGUUUUCUUCAUUGUUUUUAUCUUUAUUCUUAUCAUUGUACUUUCUUCCAAAACAUUUUCAUCCAUUCUUUUUUGUUUUUUUCAUUCUCUUUCAUUUUCUAUGAGUGGAUCUGCCAGCAAGUUUCUCUUUUUUUUUUCCAUCAUUUUUUUUGUUUCUAUUUUAUCUUCCCUUUCUCUAUUCUCAUUCACCUUCUCCUUUCAUAUCUCUUUAUUCCCUUUCUUAUUUAUCCUCACACUUCUUUUUGUAUUAAUUCUUUUGUUUUUCUUCUUUUCUUUUAGUUCUCUAUUUCUUUGUUCAUUUUCAUUCUUUUUUCAUUCCUUUAUUAUAUUGUUUUUACCUUUAACCAUUUCUUCCAACCCCCUUUCUUUCAAAUGUCAUGAAGGUAUAGUGGCUGGAAGACUCCUUCCGUUUCCUUCUAACACUUUCUACUUUCCCAGCCCACCCCACCCCCACUUUCAUCUCAUGCCAGUGUUUUUUCUCUCUUAUAUUGCCCUCUGUAUAUUGCACAUCCUUACACACCCCCUCCCUAUCCACCUACACCUACACCUUUCUCGUUAA